AUGACUGCUCACACACCGUUAUCCAAUACAACCAAACCUCCUGGACUGUACUCGAAUGAAAGGAUCGACAGCGACAACAACAACUGCAUGUUUUCUGGCCUUUUCCAACACACAGCAGUGCAAUUAUCAACAACCUUCCAUCACGACAGUAACGUAGCCAACAACAGGGAGUGUCAGUCGACGGUAUUGGAGAUGACACUUACCCUUGGCGGUCAUCAGGACGACGAGGAGUGUGCCAAGGAGUACUACGUAUCGAUGAUCCACGCGAUCCAUCUCUUUGAGAUUGAUCUCGAUGGCGAUCGGCUCUAUAUGAGCAAAGCCGUCUAUGGCCACGAUUUGAUCCGUCACGAUACGGAUGAUGUAGUCAAGACGGAACUAUGCACGCUCGGAAUCCUACUCUCCUCUGAUCCCCUUGAGGUCCUUGUACCACCAGACGUGAUCGAUCAGUCGGCUGCCGACCCAUUCGGUCGAUCCAUGCUAAUCCGCCUCCUCCUCGACAUCCACUCGGCCGACGUAACCUACUCUCCUUUUCCCUCUCCUCACCCAACACAUUCACGUCUGAAAGGCCAAAGUCCAAGGCCACAACAAAACACGAUUACACACGCCCACAGUGCCAUCAUACAUCAAUAUCCAGCAUUUAAUCGCCUCAUCCGCUACUUCCCCCGCCCAAACGACAACCCCAAGAUCCACAAGCUCAUUGAUAUCGACUCACAGGCCAUGCGUCUCCUCAUCAAUUUCCUCUACCUUAACCAAAUCGAAGGACCCGGCUACACGGGUAUCAUCGACUGGCGCCCUAUCUUCCAACUUGCCCACCGGUUCAAGAUCCCUCGCCUUGUUGAGUUGUCGUUAUCAGAGUUGUGUAAGGAGAUGAAGGUGGAGACGGUUCUUCCGACGCUGUUUGGGUGGGCGUAUCAGCAUCCGGAUUAUGAGGACCGGUUGUUGGAAUUGUUAUUGCUGCAUCUGCACGAUGUCUUUUGGCCGACGUUGGAGGAGAGUUUGGAGCCGUAUCGGGACCACCGGGAGUUUGAGCGGGUUUGUAGGAAGUUGGAGGCCAUGAAGAUGAUGGCCAAGCAACGGCGUCAGUGA